CGGGCUGGGGAGAGGGGCGGGCGGGAGGUAGAAUCGGGUAGACUGACACAGGCAGACUGCGAUGAACCCCCAGUUUGUUGGGAUCUUGCUCAGCUCCCUGCUGGGGGCUGCCUUGGGAAACCGAAUGCGGUGCCAGGACUGCGGUGGAAGCUCCAGCAGCGCUUGUAAAGAGGCCGUGACUACCUGUGGUGAGGGCAGACCGCAGCCAGGCCUGGAACAGAUCAAGCUACCUGGAAACCCCUCAGUGACCUUGAUUCAUCAACAUCCAGCCUGCAUGGCAGCUCAUCACUGCAAUCAAGUGGAAACAGAGUCAGUGGGAGACGUGACUUAUCCAGCUCACAGGGACUGCUACCUUGGAGACAUGUGCAACAGCGCCGUGGCAAGCCAUGUGGCCCCUGCAUGCAUUUUGGCUGCAGCAGCUACCGCCCUGGGCUGGCUCUUGCCAGGACUGUGGAGAGGGUAGUGGGAGUAGGGGUACAGAAGGGAGCAAGGGAGCAAGGGUCGUCUGAACAUCUAAAAUGAGAAGACAAGCAUUCUUCCGUGAGCCAUUAAAAUCUAUGGACCACUCU